GCCCCACUCAAACGUCGAGAGAGAGAGAGAGAGCGGCCGCUUCGUAGCAAAAAACGAGAGGAGGAAGCAUCCGAAUAUACAACGAUAGCAAAUACCCGACGCACUUCGCACACUGACGAUAUACACCAACUAGUAAUCUGUCGUCUUCACUGCUCACCCACCGCACACCCACACGCACAACGGUCGUCCAUCGACAUGUCCGCCCCCGCCCUCACGGCCCCGCAGCGCUACGUGUCCCACCGGCGCCUCACCAGCCCGCUCGCGUCCACGACGAACGGCAACGCGCCGGUCGGUCCCACGCAACUCGGGGAAGCGGCGAUGAUGCGCUACGCCCACGCGCUGGCCAACUCCGACGGGCACUCCGACCAGGCGAGCCGGGACGAGAACAAGACACGGGGUGAAGGCCGGCCCGGCUCUGGGGAAGGUCAGCGCCGCGCGAGCACGAGCGGUACGUCGUACGCGGCCUAUUCCUCCUCAUCGAACCCUCCACCUCCUCCGCCCACGAACCGUCACGUCGGUGCGGGGGACUCUAACUCCAACAAUGCCGGCAAUAGUCCCAAACACUCGUCUGCCGCCCACGCGCCGGCGACGCCGUCGAGUUCCCCUCCAUCAUCGGCAGAGGACUGGCAGUUUGUGCUGCACGCCCUGCGACACGAAAACCGAAUUUUGCGGCAGCGCAUUGAGGUGCUCAUCUCAUCUGACGUGGUGGCGGACGAUAACCCGGUCGCAGCGGGCGGGGCGGACAUGCCGCCGACACCCGAGGUACCGCGUGAGGUACUGCUGAGGCGCAUCGCUCGGUUAGAGGCCGCCUUACGCUUGGAGGCGUUGGAGAGGGAUGUGGUGGAGCAACGUCUCUUGGCGCAGGAGCGUGUGCUGCGGGCCGUCUGCACCCCUGCACCUCCUCCACCCGCCUCUAUCCCCAGCAACGGGGCACUCGGGGAAACCUGA